AGUUCUGAACAACCUUGACGCGGUUGUUGGACACGACCCUGCGCCUCGCAUCGCCAAGCCAAUUGCCAGGACGCUGACCACAUUGCGGCAGGAUGCGAAACGCGCCGCGGAGGAGCUCGCGUUCAGGUCCUGGUGCGGGAUCGCGGACGGCCAUGGGGGGGAUGCUCACCUCAAUGAACGUUUGAGAUCGCACAAACUGCCGGCGGGAUCGCAUGUUUCGGGUCGCGAUGCACUCGCACUCAAUACAGUGCUUGCGCUUGCGAACGCAAGGGAGGGGGAGCAGGGGAAGCCGGACAAGGAGGAGGGCUCGAGCUCUGACCGCGACGAGGACGCCCCUGUGAACGCGACGCAGGGUCUAGGUGCUAAGAAUGUGCAGGAGGAGGCCGACGAGGCAGAGGGACAGGGUCGCGGACAGGACGAAGGGGAUGCUGCGGAUGAUGACCUGCGCGGUGAUUUGGAGCUGGAGGGUUUAGAAGAACUGGAGGGGGAAGAGGACAACGAAGAGGAUGAGGAAGAGGAGGAAGAGGUGGAGAAAAUCGUGACCAACAAUGCCGGGCGGGCGGCGAGCGCGGUCGCGGGUGCAGGGAAGAGUAUUUGCAGUCUGCAGGCUAUGAUGUCCCCCCGUCACGGCAGCGCGACCCCGUCGACAGAGUAUGCGGGCAAGAGUCCGGUUGCAGGCAAGCGUAAACACUCGGAGCUGGUGAAGAUGGAUCCUGCUAAGCUGGCCGCGGAGAUCCUCCGCCUGGAUGAGCAGGUGAAAAAUCAGAAGCGCAAGCUGGACGAGAUCGUGUCCGCAAAGCCCGGCACAGAACACGCGGUGGUGAUCACGCAGAGCUACGAAGAGCUCGUGGCCACAGUGGAGAAGGCGCUGAUUCACGUGCAGGAUACGGAACGGGUGACACGUAGGGAAGCCAAGCUGGCCGAGAAGGACAGGGCGGAGAAUCGCGACAUGCGGGAGGUGUUGAAACGCGCGGCUGUCUGCUUGGAAGAUUGCGCGGCUAGCAUGAAGGGGGUGGUUGUGGACUCCAUGGAGAACGCACAAAAGAAGCUGACGGACGAGGUUGUUACAAUAGUAAGCACAGUGAGGAGCCAUAGCUAG